ACAAAUAGACUGGAAAUUCAGCUGCUGGAAAAUUCUUUAUCAACCAACAAACUGGAGAAGGAACUUCUGUUGCAGAGUCAAGAGAUUAACAAACUGCAUGAAAAGAACAGUUUUCUGGAAAACAGAGUCUUGGAGAUGGAAGAGAAGCAUCGAGAGGAAAUAGAUGUGCUAAAAUCUGAGAAACUUCAUGUAGAGGAUUUACUCUCCAAGCAGAGUGGACAGAGUGGCCUCAUCAGGGAACUGGGGCAGCAGCUCAAUGAUGCAAUGCACAACAACAGCAUCUUACAGCGACAGCAGGCGCAACUCAUGGAGACUGUGGGCCAGCUAGCCACCCUGGUAUCCCAAUACAAUCAUAUUCCUGUCAUACCAAAGGAAGAGCUGAUGUCUUUCCGAGACUGUGCAGAUGCCUAUAAAGCUGGACUAACAUCAAAUGGAGCCUAUACUUUACGCUUUUCUAAUUCUACAGAUACAAUAAAAGCAUUGUGUGAUAUGGAUACUAGUGGAGGAGGUUGGACUGUUAUCCAACAUCGCAAGGAUGGAUCUGUAAAUUUCCACCGAACCUGGAAAGAAUACAGAGAAGGUUUUGGCAGCACUUCUGGAGAGUACUGGCUAGGUAAUGAAUUUGUCCAC